UAGACUUUACUUCUUGGCAAGGGUUCUGGAGAAGUCCAAUGGAUUUGAUUAAACCUUGGAGCUUGAAACCUUCGCGAAUUUUUUCCUCACCACUUAUCACAAUCACUAGAACUAGCUUCUAUGCCCCUCCUCGCUCUGCAACUAAAUUCUCUUUUCAAUUUUUGACAUUUCCAUAUAUUCCGAGAAAGCCCCUAAUUCUGCAUGGCAAGAAGAGAAACUCUGAUUCAGAGCCAGUUCUAGAAACCUCCAUUGUCCAAGAAGUAUCAAUGGAAGAAGAAGAGGACCUCCUUGAUGAAUUUGAAUACGAGGCAUCACUGGAUGAUGAUGAUGAUGGCGAUGAUAACGACAACGAUGAAGAAUACUCUGACGAAGAAGAGGUCUAUGAAGAUGAGGAUGACGAAGAAGUGGACUAUGAAGAAGAGGAUGGUGUACCCUAUGCAGGUGAUGGCGGCGCAGGUGGUGGAAUCUCACUCGCUGGAACAUGGUGGGAUAAAAAGGCACUAGCCAUUGCUAAAGAGGUUACCGUGUCUUUUGACGGUGACUUGCAAAUUUAUGCUUUUAAAACAUUGCUCAAUUCCGCUAUUCAAGUACGCAUUGAGAAGCUUUCCAACAAGUCUGGCUCCCCCAGCAUGGAAGAUAUUGAAGUCUUUUCUACAACCUAUAGAGCAAAAUUGGAUGAAGCGGAACUUGCCAAACUUGUUCCUGAGAAUUUGAGUUUGGAGGUGUCUUCUCCUGGUGUUGAAAGGAUAGUUCGGGUUCCAGAUGAUCUAGAUCGAUUCAAGGACCGGCCUAUGUAUGUGAAAUACGCCGUGGAUGAUGAUUCAAAUAAUCCAUCUGCAGAAGCUGAUGGUGUCUUCAAGCUUGAAUCCUUUGACAUGGAAACAAAAUGUUGUACCUGGGGUUUAGCAGACGUGCGAGUUAACAGACAGAAAGCAGGGAAAGGAAGACCACUGAAUAAAAAGCAAAGAGAAUGGCGUUUAAGUACUCCCUUUGAUUCCUUGCGUUUAGUACGGUUGCACUCUGAUAUUUAAAUAGUGUUUUUUUCCCGACAGUUGAUAAUUAUAUCUCCAUCUAUUGUCUCUCUGUGUGUCUGCAUAUAUACGCGCACACAAGGGACUGCAUGUGUAAAUACUGAGGAGAAGAGUUAGGAGUUUAUCUCAAA